UGGGGAGGGGCAGUUUCCGUUCUUUGUUCUGUUCUCCGUUGUGUGGGUCUGUAACAGGGUCCAACAGGACCUGUUUCGUGUCCGGCCCCCUAAGUCUUACGUCCCUGUCCCCAGGUCCUUCAAAACCUGCUGCUUGCUGAGUCUACAGCUAGCCGACCAGUGACCAGAGCAUUUCCCCCUCGCCCAUGGAAACCCAGGCAGACCAUGCAUCUCAGGCACCUCUGCCCCUGUUAGAGAGCGCUCUUUCUUCUUCAAAAGUCCCUUCCUUUCCUGACAAGGACAGUCUGGGGGACAAGAUGUUGGCUGCUGCGCUUCUAAAGGCCAAGUCUCAGGAGUUGGUGACCUUUGAGGAUGUAGCUGUGUACUUCAUCUGGAGAGAGUGGAAGCGUCUGGAGCCUGCACAAAGGGACCUCUACAGAGAUGUGAUGCUGGAGAACUAUGGGAACGUGUUCUCACUGGAUGGCGAUUCCAAAACUGGAAAUGAUCGAGUAAUCUCUGAAGGUAUGGGGUCAUGUGAGAUGAUACUGGGGCGAUUCCAAAAGGAUGUUUCUCAGGGUCUUAAGUUUGAAGAAGCCUACGAACAAGAAGUCAGUCUGCAAAGGCAGCUAGGGAAUUCCUCUGUUGGAAGACUGAAUAGGAAAAUACAAGAGUUUCACCAAGUUAGAGUUGAGGAAAAGCUCACCCAUAUUGGAGAAAGAAAUAAGAAGUACAGUGAGUUUGGAAACAGCUUCACUGUGAAUUCCAAACUUAUUUCACAUCAAAGACUUCAGAUGGGAGACAAACCCCAUAAGUGUGAUGAAUGUAGCAAGAGUUUUAAUCGUACUUCAGACCUUAUUCAACAUCAGAGAAUCCACACUGGAGAAAAACCCUAUGAAUGUAGUGAAUGUGGAAAGGCCUUCAGUCAGAGCGCACAUCUUAUUCAGCACCAGAGAAUCCACACUGGAGAAAAACCUUAUGAGUGUAAGGAUUGUGGGAAGACCUUCAGUUGUAGCUCUGCUCUCAUUCUGCAUCAGAGAAUCCACACUGGGGAGAAGCCUUAUGAAUGUAACGAGUGUGGGAAAACCUUUAGCUGGAGCUCCACUCUCACUCACCACCAGAGAAUCCACACAGGGGAGAAGCCCUAUGCUUGCAAUGAGUGUGGGAAGGCCUUCAGCAGGAGCUCCACCCUUAUUCAUCAUCAGAGAAUCCACACUGGAGAGAAGCCCUAUGAAUGUAAUGAGUGUGGGAAAGCCUUCAGCCAGAGCUCACACCUCUAUCAGCACCAGAGAAUCCACACUGGAGAGAAGCCCUAUGAAUGUAUGGAAUGUGGAGGGAAGUUUACCUACAGUUCCGGCCUUAUUCAACAUCAGCGAAUCCACACAGGGGAGAAUCCCUAUGAAUGUAGCGAGUGUGGGAAAGCCUUCAGGUACAGCUCAGCACUUGUUCGCCAUCAGAGGAUUCACACUGGAGAGAAGCCUUUGACUGUAAUGGGUGUAAAGCAAAAACUCUCUCAGAGCCUCUGCUGAGAAGCCACAUCAGAGACUCCACAUGAGAGAGAGCCAUAAACUAUUUUCUUCAUGUCCUGCGUCCACAGAGCUCUUGCCUUACCUGUUUUAAUAGGACCAGUUUAGGGUCUGUCCCACCUCCAACAAUUCACUUAAAGUGGGGCUGACUGGGAAAGCAUCCUGGCACAGGGAUCGGCAGGGUUUCCCAGGAACAGAGUCUUAAAAACAUUGUGAGGCCAGUAGUAAAUUAGGCACUGAGAAGAGAAGGAAGCUUGGGGACCAGUUACCCCUCUUGGGAAGGGGUUUGCACUAAACCAAUUUCCUCAUACCAGAAGAGCCUUUCUUUCCAAGGUGAGGAUGGUGCUUGUGUGCAUCAGAAUUGCCGAGAUGUCACAGCUGGAGUCAGUCAGGGAGCACAGAGGCAGAGAGAAUCAUAGUCUGGAGUCAGCAUGUGCCGAGAAGACAGACAGGUUGUGUUUCUUCUCCUUUUCUUUUUUGUUUGAGAGACAGAUUCUCCCUAGGCAUCCCUGGCUAUUCUUGACCAGACUGGCUUUGAACUCAGAGAGACCCGCUUGCCUCUGCCUUCUGAGUAUGGGGAUUAAAAGCGUAUACAACUAUUCCAGGCUCCCAGGGGCUGCAUCUCAAAAGCACUCUUCCUAAUCCAGCUUUAAUAUUGGACAAGGAAUAUGCUGCUUUGGUACAUGAUUCCAUGAAUUCAGGAAACUUGGUGCUGAUGGGCUUAUUUUAUUAGGGGGAAACAAAAAAAAAAAAAGACCCCAUCAAGGGUUUCUGUAAUGACUAUCCUUUAGGCUCUUGGAGCAGUGUACUGUGUUUUCAAGAGCAGUCAGGCAGUACUGUAGGCAGACCCUUGUGACAUCACUGACAGAGAAUCCCAUAGGAGCAGUAAAUAACCUGAGGUAGAUCUGAACUGGUAGAUUUAACACUGGCCUGACUCCUGUCCUUUUUUAAACUUCCUAUUCCUGUGAUGAAAAGUAAUUUAAUGUCAACCUCUAGUUACUAUAUGCUCUCAGGGAACUUGCCUGCCCCUCUUGUCCUGCCCUCUUACAUAUAACAUCUGGCCUCAGCAUCUGGACGUCUCCGGAUUCCACCUCUUAAUUCAGCUACGUCAAAGUACACAGACAGUAAAGCCAGAGAGGGGUUGAGGUUUGAGCUUUGCAGGGGCCUCUCCUAGGUUUAGGUGGUGCUCCCUGAGUGCUCCCAACCCGACGGAUGACUUCCAUAUUUCCCCACCCUGCCCGUCCUGUAGCAGAAAUGAAAUGCACUACUAAACAGAAUGGUUUUUCCCAAGGGAGUGCUUUUGUAUGGGAGCCACACUUGUGUCAGUUAAAACAGCACAGUGACCGUAAAUGGAAUCCUAAAGUGAACUUUGAAACUUUUCUUUGAUAAACUUUUUUUGGAGGGGGUGGGGGUGGCACAAACUUGUCACACACAACUCUCUCAAUCUCUUGUAGACAUUGUUGCAGACUAUAUAAAUGUAUGUAGCCAUCUUCAUACCAAAUUCAGGGUCUUAUGAGCUAUAGAUCAUUUUGUCUAAGAAUGAUGCUGAAAACUAAAAAACUAUACUUGGCUCUUGUGUAUCAGUGGGUACAUUUCUCUGUCUUGCUUGCUGUCUUUAGCAGGAUGUUACAGCCAUGGAGAGUGGUAGGCUAGGAAUGUUAUGAUGAGAUUAGCAUUAAGAUGGCCAUGAACUCAUUUUUUUAUUUUUUGGGCUACUGUGAUGGAUCUUCUAAUAUUUGUUUUUAAUUUCACAAAAUUAUGGAGCCAAUCAUCCAGGCUCCUUUAGCACUUGUUGCCAGGCCUGAUGGUUCAGGCUCUAAUCUCAGCUUUGGCGCCUGAUAGAGGAAGAUCACAAGUUCAAGGCUUGCCUGGACUACUCUGAGUUCAAGACCAGCUCGUAAGCAGUCAGUUUCCCUGUUGGUCAUUCUAAUUCCUAGAAAUUAAGCUGAGCCAAAUUCUGCCUCCUUGUCAGUUUUACAGUUAGCUUCUAGUUCUGUCUUUCCAAGCAACACAACAUAAUUUUUUAUCAAAUAAAAAUUUAGAGAACAUUUUUCUUUUUUUAAAAAAAGAUUUAUUUAUUUAUUAUAUGUAAGUACACUGUAGCUGUCUUCAGACACUCCAGAAGAUGGAGUCAGAUCUCGUUACGGAUGGUUGUGAGCCACCAUGUGGUUGCUGGGAUUUGAACUCAGGACCUUUGGAAGAGCAGUUGGGUGCUCUUACCCACUAAGCCAUCUCACCAGCCCCCUAGGGAACAUUUUCAUUCAUAGCAAAAUAAGAUAUGUUAUUUCCCCUCUGAUGAAGAUUAAACCCAGUGUCUCAUGCUGGGAAAGAAUUAUAUACCUCAGCCCCAAUGUUUUUUGGUGUGUGUAUUCAUGCAUGCACACACAUAGUUGGUUCUCUUGCUAUGUGGGUUUAAGGAAUGAAGCUGAGGUCACCAGGCCUGGCAGGGACAAGAGUCUUUGAGCCAUAUGUCUGAUCCAUAAGGGAUUUUUGCUUUGUUUUUGUUUUUUGAGGUUUUUUUGGUUUUUUGGUUUUUCGAGACAGGGUUUCUCUGUGUAGCCCUGGCUGUCCUGGAACUCACUCUAUAGACCAGGCUGGCCUCGAACUCAGAAAUCCACCUGCCUCUGCCUCCCAAGUGCUAGGAUUAAAGGCAUGCGCCACCACUGCCCGGCUUGGUUUUUUUGUUUGUUUGUUUUUGUUUGUUUGUUUGUUUGUUUUUUGACAAAGUUUCUAUGAAGCCCUGGCUGUCCUAGAACUCACUUUGUAGACCAGGCUGGUCUUGAACUCAGAGGUCUGCCUGCCUCUGCCUCCUGAGUGCUGGGAUUGGGUAUACCACCACCAACUGGCUGGAUUGUUUCUUUUUAGCAAACAAUACAAAACAAAAACAAAAAGAAGGAAAAAAAGUUGUUUUGCUUUUAUUUGUGUUUGAGGUGGAACCCUGCUAUGUAGCUCAGGCUAGCCUUGAACUCAAUCCUACUGCAACCUUUUCAAAUUCUGGAAUUACAGGUUAAUCCAUCAUGACCAGUUAAAGAUAGUUUUAAAAAGUUCUCCAAGGAACUAUUUAUGUAACUUAUUUAGACAGGUGGGUUUUUCCCCCUCAAUUAAAAGAAAGAAAGAAAGAAAGAAAGAAAGAAAGAAAGAAAGAAAGAAAGAAAGAAAGAAAGAAAGAAAGAAAGAGAGAGAAAAGAAAGAAAGAAAAGAAAAGAAAAGAAAAGAAAAGAAAAGAAAAGAAAGGAAGGAAGAAAGAGGCCCAAAGGCCAGAGAUGUAGCUCAGUUUGUAGAGUAUUCGCCGCACUUGCUAAAUCCCUAGAUUUGAGCUCCAGCACUGUGCAAAUUGGGCAUGGCUUAAUUUAAACACUUAGGAAGGUCAGGAAUUCAAGGUUAUCCUCAGUUACAUGUGUUUGUAGCUAACCAGAGCUACAAAGCCCUCCGCAAUAAACCAUAGAUUUUAGAUAGGUGCACUAUUUAAAAUGUCAGUGAUGAAUGGGAAAUUGUAUAGACUAUCCACACAAAAACGACUAGAAUAGUUUGUCCUAAGAUAACAGCUGUUUUGCUUUUUCUACAGAUUUUAUUUUUAUUUAUCUUUUGAAUUAUGGGCCCGAGGAAGCUGUUCAAGGGCACUCGAUCCCAUGGAGCUGGAGUUACAGCUGUGAACUAUCUCACAUGGGCUCCCAAAUGCCAAACUUGGAUCUUGCAGAACAGUAUUUUAGUAACUGUUCUAUGCUACACCGUGGCGAAAGCAACUGUUAAAGAAGAAAGCACUUAAUUGGGGCUUUACUUAUAGUUUUAGAGGGUUAGACCAUGACCAUCAUGGCAGGAAACAGACAAGCAUAGCACUGGAACAGUGCUGAGAGCUUUCUAUCUUGAUCUCUAGGCAGCAGCCAGGGACAGGGACAGGGGUUGGGGAGUACUGUGACAGAGAGAGAGGAGAGACAGGUCUUUUUUUUUCCCACAUGAGAGAGGUUUAUUAUUAGGGAGAGAAGAAAAGGAGGGGCAGGGCGAGUGGAAGGGGAAAGAAGGAAGAGAGAGGAGAGACAGGUCUUGGCAUGGGCUUUUGAAACUUCAAAGCCCAUUUCCGGUGAUACCUCCAACAAGGCAACACCUACUCCUUCCCAAAGAAUUCUCUGGGACUAAGCAUGCAAGUAUAUGAGCCUAUGGCAGCCAUUCUCAUUCCUAGUCACCUGAUGACCACCUGUCCAGCCUAAGAGUGAUAAUUAGGACUAAUUACCCAUUCAGGCAGGUUGCAAACGUGGGAGUUAUUCCAAGUGUAUUGUGUGAUUCCUUCUCAUCCCUUCAGCUUCUCAGUCAACAUCUGAUCCACACCUUCUUCCAUAUUCUCAUGACUCCUAAAUUGGCCUUGGCCUUUGGUUCCAGCCAUACACUCUUCCUACCUACAUGUAUUAGUUACUGUAUUGUCAUGGCCAAAUAACUGACAUGGAUAAGACAUCAUCUGUGGGUAAGCAUUAAUCUUGGCUCACAGUUUCACAGUUUAUAGUACACACUUUCCCCUUCUCCAGGUUAUCCGUUUAUUGUACAAAUUGAGUAUGACACAAUGAAUUGACAUUUCUUCUCCAGAUGUGGAACUUAACAGAUGAAGUCAGACAUUUUAGAAUCUUGUUGUUGCUUUUAUAGCUGGAGAGUUUUUAGACUUUAAAUAGAAGUAUAAGUAAGACCUGCAAAGUAUUUCCUCGUCUGAGGUCAAUACACAAUUCUACCUGUGACACUCUAAGAAGUGAAUGAAAUACAGCGGGGGGUGGGGGGGUUGAGAUAUGGCUCAGUGACUAAGAGUACUUGCUGUUCUUCCAUAGGACUUGAAUUUGGUUACCAGUACCCAUUGUUGGGCAGUUCACAAUCACCUCUAACUCUAGCUGCAGGGGAUCUGAUGUCCUCUUCUGGCCUCUGUUGGUACCUGCACACACAUGGUGUACACAUACACAAAUAAAUUUUAAAAGUUGAAAUACCUUUUAA